AUGGUGGAAAGUGGAACUAGGUGGAGAAUUGGGGACGGUUCUAAGGUUAAAAUCUGGUACGACAACUGGAUCCCGACCAAUCCAGGAUUUAAAGCCCUGAGUCCAAGACGUGGUAUUGAGGAAAAUGCUAUGGUAAAUGUACUCAUUGAUUCUGAGUCGGGACGGUGGAAAACAGAUAUUCUCAGUGAAGUCUUCAAUCAGAAUGAGGCUGCUCAAAUUGCCAGCAUUCCCCUUUCGAGCAGACUUCGGGAGGAUAAGCGAAUAUGGCACUUUGAAAAGGAUGGCAAAUACUCUGUCAAAUCUGUGCACCAUUAUCUCAAAGAUCUUAGAAGAAAGGAAGCUCCUGGACCCUCUUCGAGCAACAACGGAGGCGUGUGGAAAAAGUUAUGGAAAGUUCCCAUUGAUUCGAAGAUCAGAAAUUGUGUUUGGAGAGCAGGCAAGAAUAUACUCCCGACUAGAAGUAAUCUCUUGAAAAAAGGUAUAACUCUGGAUCCUACUUGCCCCUUCUGCUGUUCUGCUUUGGAAACACCCCAGCAUAUUUUUCUGGACUGCGAAUUCGCUAAAAGAGUAUGUUUUGCUUCCCCUUUGGGAAUUCGCCUGCAACCGUGUGAAGAUGUCCUAGACUGGUUGGAGUUGAUUCUUCGGAGCAACAACACUUUCGAGAUUCAAAUUCAAUUUACCGCGCUUUGGAAAAUUUGGCAGGCACGAAAUAUGUUGAUUUUCCAAAACAAAAGGAUUGAUCUGAUGGUUAUAGCUGGUGAUAUCUAUGAUAGGGUUGCCGAAUAUAACAAUGUCUUUCCACAGGCUCAGGUAAGGUCGAAGAGGGAGGAUGUGAGGCUGGAUGCUACUGUGCACGCAGAGACGAUAAAUAUUGCAACAGAUGCUGGAUGUUUUGAGGAGGGUAUAUCUGCAAUGGGUUGUGUCAUCAAGAAGGGGGGGGAGAACAUUCUGGUAGCUGCCUGCAAGAAGGAAUUCAUUCAGGUUUCGGUGUCGAUGGCGGAAGCACUAGCUUUAAGGUGGGCGAUGAAGAUGGCAAAGGAGCUCUCUCUUGAUAACAUUGUGUUCUUUUCUGAUGCACAAUUUGUGGUCGACUAUAUCAACGGGUGCGCUUAUUCGGCAGACUUGGAACCCAUUGUGAUUGAUUGUAGGUCCUUUCUGUGUAAUUUUAAAUCUGCCUCUGUAUUGUUUUGGAAUAGAAAUUGUAAUUUAGAAACUCACCAUAUGGUGGGUGUAGGUAGAAACCUAGGAAACAAAACUUGGUUGGGCGUCAUUCCUUCUUUGAGUGAUGGCCCGUCUUGUAUUCUCCAUUCGGCUUUGUUGAUUUAA